CACCAACAAAGUUGGUAUUUGUUGCUUUCGUAAAUUUUCCGUACACCGAACGAUUGAAGAUGUUGUCACAUAAAACGAUAAGCACCGUGGGUAAACUAGCGGAACAUUGGUGUGGCCGAAAAGGUACAGCGGUAUGGAUAAUCCGGUCUGCACAUCGUGCCGCAGUGUUCCGGGACCCCGGUAAACCUAUAGCGCUCGAAGCGGUGAAGAAAGUUGAAAAGCUAAAGAGCGAUGAGGUUCGGGUGAAGGUGCACUAUUGUAGUUUAAAUUCAACGGAUGUGAAAAUUCUCUCUGGGAAACACAAGGAACUUAACAUUCCGCUGCCGUUCAUACCGGGGCAUGAGUUUUCCGGGGAAAUCGUAGAAAUCGGCAAGGAAAAUCCACACUUUUUUAACUGCGGCGACCGGGUUGUUGUGAUGAACGACCUGCAAGAUCCCAACGGAGGAUUAAUAUCGGAAGCGAUAGUAAAAAACCGUGACGUCUGGACGGUACCACAGUCGGUUCCGCUGAAAGAAAUGGCGGUUCUUCCGUACGGUCACGGCACGGCACUGUUAACGUUCGCGUUGCAUUGCCAUCUGAAGGAGAACGAUCUGAUUAUCAUCACUGCGGGCCCUGCCGGCAUGGGACUGGCAGCGAUCGAUUUAGCCGUUAGUGUCUACAAGGCAAAAGUGAUUGCCAUUUGCGACACGGAGAGCAGCUCCGAUUUGGUUCGCGCAAAAGGUGCGCAUAUAUCGAUCAGCAUACGAAAGAAUAAUUUCAAAAAGCUUUAUAAAGACGUUCAAGCUGCAAUGGGCGACAAGAAAGCCAAGGUGGUGUACGAUGCGGUUGGCAAGGGAUUGCUCCAUUUGCUAGUUGAUUUUGUCAACCCCGAGACUGGUCAGCUAAUCUCCGUCGAUCCUUUUUAUAAUGCUGAAAAAUUCCUCACCGAAGUACCAGAGUUUGAUCGACCAAAGCGGAAAGAGAAGGAAAACAAACCGGAAGCGGUAGACGUUAGGGAGAACAUGCUGAAAAAUGUACGACAUUUCGAUCUCUACGAAAACCCGGACGUUGACACGUACCGGCAAAUGAUAACGGACACGAUCGAAAUGCGCUCAGAGGGCAUGAUAACUGGGCAUAUAAGUAAAAUGUUUCCUAUGGCCAAAAUACAGGAGGCUAUCGAAUUCAUCCAGCAAAAGCAAUGUACCGGAAAGGUGUUGAUCGAUGUUCAGUGCAUGGACGAGGAUGGGUGUGCGGAGGACAAAGAGAAAAAAGCAAAAAGCAAAUCGGCUGAUGGUGAAUCGAAAAAGAAAUCGAAAGACUGAACCCGAGAGGAGCCAGCAAUAUGAAGCUAUCAUGCCGAUAGUUCGAGCAUUUGCAUGGCAAUCGCUUCGUCCAAUGUAUAAAUCAUCGUAAUCAUCAUUCUCAUGUUUGUUUGCUUAGUUCGCUUUAACUUAAACCUUUGAAAGGGCAUAGAACGAAGGCAUCUACUGCACGGUAAUUGUGUGGCACAGUGUUUAGCUCAAGAGCACAAUAUUAAAGUUUCAGUCAAGUUGUUGAACCAUCAAAGCAGUCAUGGAGAAUGGGAAACACAUCCGAAAACCUGUCUUCAAUCUUGUCUGUGCAUUCAGGAGAGCACAGCUGACAGUUUCUUCCAUACAUUAUUAAACCCAAGAAGGGGUGGAAGAAACUAUAAUUGCUUAAGCUUGCGACGUAAUUAUGUUACAAUUAUCGAGGUAAUUAAUACACUGCAAACAAACGGGAGGAUUUUGGUUAUAAAUGCUCA